AUGAAGCCAUCAACGGAACAAAUCAACGAAAGGACAAUCCUCUCAGAGAUCGCCCAGAUUUACGAUCCUCUGGGACUCAUCGGACCGGUUAUCAUCAGGGCGAAAAUCUUCAUCCAAGAGCUGAGGCUUCUCAAAAUUGGUUGGGAUGAUCCACUACCCUUGAGUCACAUCAAGCGUUGGAAACAAUUCAGGGAGGAAUUCCCAAAUCUGGAUCAAAUAUCAAUCCCACGGUGGCUUCAAACACCAUCGACUUCAAGCAACAUCCAACUUCAUGGGUUUGCUGACGCUUCGAAUCAGGCAAUGGGCGCCCCAGUAUACAUCAGGGUGGACAAUCAUCAAUCUGAGCCACUAGUCAUCUUGGUUAGUGCAAAAACCAAGGUCGCACCACUUAAGAAAAUGACAAUUCCUCGCUUGGAAUUGACAGCUGCUGUCAUCUUAACCAAUCUGGUCAUCUACAUCAGGAAGAUGUUGAAGAAAGAGAAUCUACCACUCUUUCUCUGGUCUGACUCCACGGUGGCGCUCACAUGGAUCAAUGGACACCCAUCAAGGUGGAAGGAUAUUGUUCAGAAUCGAGUUAUCAAAAUCCAGAACUCAUUACCAGCAGCUGAAUGGAAACAUAUCAGGGGAGUCGAGAACCCAGCAGACUGUGCAUCACGGGGAUUAUCACCAGAUCAACUAGUAAAUCAUCAGCUGUGGUGGAAUGGUUCAUCAUGGCUGAAAUCAUCAAUGGAAAACUGGCCAUCAUUAUCAUCAACAUCAAUCGAAUCUACGGCAGAAGCAGCACUGGAGGAAAGACCAGUGUCUGCACAUCCUGUGUUACUGAAUCUGGAGUUGCUCAGGAUCUCGGCGAGUGUCCUGAGAGUCAUCAACAACAUGAGAAGGGAGCCAGUCCCAAGAGAAUUAGAUCUCUUGUCAGAAGAACUGGAGGAGACCGGAAUCUUUUGGAUCAACUAUACACAACAGGAGAGUUUUGGACCAGUCAUCAAUCGCCUCCUCAAUGGACAAGACAUCGCAAAUAAUCAUCCAAUGGCACCGUUGAUUCCUUAUCUGGAUGAGAAUCAGACCAUUCGCCUAGGCGGGCGGCUGAAACGAUCAAGUCUUCAGCCAGGACCCAGGGACCCAUCAAUUCUACCAAGAAAAUCAAGGCUCACAUCACUGCUCAUCGAGGAGGCUCAUCGGAAAACUUUUCAUGGAGGAGUACAGGCGACGUUGGCACCCAUCAGACACAAAUACUGGAUCAUCGGGGGUCGUCAUCCUGUAAAAUCGCAUAUUCGCAAGUGCGUGAUCUGCGCACGACAUCGAGCCAUCAGGGGACAGCUGCCUCCAAGAAGAAUCACAUCAGCACGGCCAUUCAAACACGCAGGAGUGGACUACGCAGGUCCUAUCAAAAUCAGCAAAUGGAGAGGAUCAGGAGCUCGACAAUAUCAUGGGUAUAUAGCAGUUUUUGUGUGUCUUGCCACAUCGGCAAUUCACCUUGAACUACUCACAGAUUUAACAUCACAGGCAUUCAUCGAGACAUACAAACGAUUCAUUGGAAGGAGAGGUAUCUGUGCUACACUUAGCAGUGAUAAUGCUAAGACAUUCAUGGGAGCAGACAAUGAGCUGGGCAGGCUUUUAGACGAUUCAAGGAAGGAAAUUCAUUACAUCAUCAACGAACUCGCAUCAAAUGGCACAAAAUGGAUCUUCAUCCCACCGCAAUCACCCCACAUGGGUGGGAAAUGGGAAGCUGCGGUGAAAUCUGUGAAAUUUCAUCUAAAAAAACUCACGGGGAAUUUGGUACUCACGUACGGGGAACUCAAUACACUUAUCAUUCAAAUCGAGGCUCAACGUUACUCGAGGCCCCUCUGCGCUCUAUCAGACGAUCCUGAUGACUGCAGAGCCCUCACACCUAGACAUUUCAUCAUUGAGGAACCCAUCAACGCAGUUCCAGAGCUAUCACUUAUCAAUCAGGAAAUGGAAGGUCUCACAAGGUGGAAAAUGAUCGCAAGGAUAACUCAGCAAUUCUGGGACAGGUGGUCUCGGGAGUGCAUGCAUCACUAUCAAACCAUCUACAUAUGGAAAAGAUCAACGGAUGAUAUCAAGGUCGGAACACUAGUCCUCAUCAUUGACGAGAGGUAUCCACCAACAAAGUGGCCGCUAGGACGAGUAUCAAGGGUUUAUCCAAGUGAUGACAAUCUCACAAGGGUGGUAGACAUCACCACUGGGGCAGGAGGUGCAAAUACCUACACCAGACACAUCAACAAGGUGGUUCCGUUACCAGUCAGCACAGAGGAGGAAGUGCCAGAGGAUCAUUCAUCAUCCUCCGAUGAUGAAGGCGGGCGGAAUCGUGACGUCUGUGUGUGUGUGUGUGUGUGUGUGUGCUCACUUAUUUUCCUUCACGCUCCCAGGCGAACGGUAAGCGCGAUCGGAAUGGCGGUGGUCGCGAUCGAUAGAUGUCAUCGAGUAUAA